AUCAUUAGCAGUAGUAUGAUAAGUGGCGGGGAUGAAGUGGUAAAAGAUUACUUCCUAGGUGAAUACAAGUCACUACAAAAGCGAAGCGCUUGGACCACCGAACAUCAGUCGACUGCAUUUCAUUCAAAUCAAACGACGAUGAAGAUGCUUUUACAUACGGCGUGCAUUAUUGGGUUGUGCGCAUUCGUGAUAGGUGCGAACAAGCCUGAAACAAAUAUAUCUAAUGAAACCAAAAACCACUACAAGAGAGGCAUUAUCGAUACAGGAUAUGGAUACGGUUCGGAUUCCGAUGUGUACAAACCUACCAAUGAUCACGAUCACAUACACCAAGCUCACUACGAACAACAAGUGCUAUCCAAGACUAUCAUCAAAGAGGUCGCCCAACCAUACCCAGUCGAGGUCGAGAAACACGUACCGUACCCAGUAAAGGUCGAAGUACCCGUUGACCGACCUUAUCCAGUACACGUGCCCAAGCCGUAUCCAGUGCACGUCGACAAGCCCGUUCCAUACGAAGUCAAAGUCAACGUGCCACAACCCUACACCGUCUACAAGCAAGUCCCAUACGAAGUCAAAUAUCCAGUAGACAAACCGUACACCGUUCACGUACCCAAACCAUACACGGUUUACGUCGAGAAGCGAGUACCUUAUGAAGUCGUCAAGCACGUCCCUUAUCCCGUCAAGGUCUUCGUCGAUAAACCAUACACUGUGCAUGUGCCUGUCGACAAACACGUCCCUUAUACAGUCGAAAAACCCGUACCUUAUCCGGUUAAAGUACCAGUAGAUCACCCGUACCCGGUGACCGUCGAGAAGCACAUUCCAUACCCCGUUGACAAACCCGUACCGUAUACUGUAGAGAAACCAGUGCCUUAUCCGGUAAAAGUUCCCGUGAAAGUCGAAGUGCCAGUGCCGUACAAAGAAAACGAACAGGAAGAAAAAUAUUUUCCGGAAACAGAAUACAAGGGAGAACAUCCACAAUAUUCCAACAAACAAAAUGAACACAACAGUUAUUAAAAAACGUAUUUCUUUUUCUAGUCAUAACUCGUGUUACAUUUCUGAUUGCAUAAAUUUCAAAUAAUAAUAUGUGCUUAACAUUAAAAUAUGUUCAUUAAAUUCGAAUACUACAUAUUAUUAUUAUGUAUAUAGAUAUAAGUAUAAUAUAAAUAAAGAUUUUUUUUAUAAUA